AUGGAAGCUCUCUCUGCUCCACAAAAUGGAGCACCCGUCCCGGUCAAACAACCUGUGAGUUCACUUACAAAGCUUUUAAGCGAGAAUAACUCUGCUGCUGUCUCGCAGAAUGCGCUGCUGACGUCCCUAAAUAAUUACUCGAGGUCCGACACCGUCACCCCGAUCCCAAAUGUCAUUCCAGAGCAUGAGGUCGUUGAUAAGCUCGAGGACCUCUCGAUCAACAACAAUAGUGUUGGCCAUAGCCCCACACUGCUCAUGAUUUCGCCUAGAACCCAAUUGGAUGAACUGGCCACGUCGAUUCCAGGCGUUCUGCCUCUGCAGAGAGCCCCCGUGGUCGUUACCGGUGGCUUCGAAUCAUCUUCUCCAAAUGAGACGGCAACUUCUCGCAUGUACUUUAACCAAAGACAGCCCCUUGGCCGUGCACCAUCCGGUCCAAUGAGUCCCAGGAUCAACAGAACAAAUUCCGUUUCUCACACUUCGUUCUUUUCCACUGGUGGAUACGGAGGUGAGAGUUUGUCCUCGUCUAUCCCAUACGGAGCUCCUGGCGGCCGCAAUGGUCAAGGUUCGUCUCUUGGCAAGUCCAAUGGCUUCGGAAGCUCGUCUAACCUCUCCAACGCCUUGCGCGGGUCCACUCCAUCCCAGGAUCACGUACCCAAUUUGCCAAAUGGUCAGCCUAUCCUGUCUAUUCACUUCCAGUCUCCUCAGGUGAAUUCUGCAUCCAUCGAGCCUAGAUUUGUGAUUUCCAAGCAGAGAGUUGCACAGGCUCAAGCACAGGCUCAAGCUGCAUCUUUGGGCACUUCGGGCCGUCUGGGCUCACAGUCCAGUCUUUCGUUCUUCUUCUCGAAGAAAGGUUCUAAAAGCAGUGCAUCUUCCACCGAUUUGGGCUCUUUCUAUAAUAAUGCUGUCCCUGAGAAUAAUGUGUUUGCAACUUCUCCUUCGUCGACUUCUUCAACGGAGUCUGCAAAUCCAUACAGCACGUCAAGGCACAAUUCGAUGGCAAACUUGAAAAGAUUCUUCAAGAAAGGCAAUCCAUCUCCCUCGCAACCCAUCCCUGUGGGCAACAUGUCAUCAUCUUUACGUUCUAGCCAGUUGAACUCUUCCAACGCCACUCCAGUGAGCAGCUCCUUUUUCAAUACCACUUACUCAGCGCAUUCGGUGACAUCUGCUAACUCGGAAGCUUCAUACUCGCAUUCUCCAGGUGGCUUCGUUGUCGGAUCUGCAACUGUUAGUAGAACCCCCUCGUUGGUUCGCGGACCACAGGAUCGAAAGGGAUCAGUCCUGGCAUUGCUUAACCAGCACCACAACCAGCUUCCAUUCUCCAAGAGAUACAGUAAGUUCGGCGAUAGCUUGGGUGCUGGUGCUGGUGGAUCUGUCAAGCUUGUCACCAGACUUUCAGACAAAAAAGUAUUUGCUGUGAAGGAGUUCAGGGCAAAAUAUCAAAAUGAGAGCAAGAGAGAUUACGCCAAAAAGAUCACCGGUGAGUACUGUAUCGGUUCCACAUUAAAGCAUCCCAACAUUAUCGAAACAGUUGAAAUUUGCUAUGAAAACGAGCGUAUCUUGCAAGUCAUGGAGUACUGCGACUAUGAUUUGUUCGCUAUUGUCAUGUCCAAUCAGAUGUCCAGAGAAGAAAUCAACUGUUGUUUCAAGCAAAUUUUGUCAGGAGUUAAUUACUUUCAUUCCAUGGGUCUUGCUCACAGAGAUUUGAAGUUGGAUAACUGUGUUAUUGACUCUCGUGGUAUCGUUAAAAUCAUUGAUUUCGGUUCUGCUGUUGUAUUUUCUUAUCCAUUUACUAAAACAUUGAUUGAAUCACUGGGAGUUGUUGGUUCUGAUCCUUACCUUGCCCCAGAGGUUUGUGUGUUCAACAAGUACGACCCAAGACCUGUGGAUGUGUGGUCUGUUGCAAUAAUAUACUGCUGCAUGAUGCUCAAGAAGUUUCCUUGGAAGGUUCCUAAGUUGAUUGAUAACAGUUUCAAGUUGUUUGCUACUCGCAACGACGGCAUUCCCCUUAAUGAGACACUUCUUCAAACUAAAGAGCAGAGAGCCGAAGCGGCUGGAACUGAUUUCAGCAAUGAAAUCAUCAAUGAGACAAUCGAAGUGGAAGCUCCUGCAAAUGGAACAAUUGAAGGAAGCGCACACACUUCCAACGAGAUCGGCGCAGGCAGAUUGUUACUUGCAUUGCCAGAGGACUGUCGUCCAUUGAUUGGGCGAAUGGUUGACUUGGCCCCUGCCUGCCGUAUUUCUGUCGAAGAGUGUUUCGAGGAUGAGUGGUUGAAAUCCGUGAACAUGUGUUCAGUUGAGGAACGCAUCAAUUCUGACGGAAGCGUUGAAUACCAGGUGUUCAAGUGUGACGACCAUGAGCACACCACCGUGGACCAGUCUAAGGCUCACAUCGCCGCCUUUGACAAGAAGAAAAAGUGA